ACCAACCAAUUGGCGAGACUUGUCUGCAAACAGAACAAUAAGACACCCGUGCGGAAAAGUAACAUUGGUUAACAAUCUAGAUCUGCAAUCAGCCUGCCAAGGCCGGUCUUUCAGGGCAGAAUCUCUGUGGCUUGCGUUCCUCACAAAUGAACGAGUAACUGUACAGCUAAAUCCAUGGCGUUCAAUAACCAUAAAAUUAAGGCUUCAGCCUCACAGAAGACGGGCCUUACUAUGCUACAUCCGGCGGCCAGAAACGGGCUGGUAAUGCGCAGUAUGGAAAUGUCCGCCGGGAAGGACUCGCACAAAAGCAGUGAGGCUGAAGAGCUGAAAGGUUUCAGAAGGCGAAUUACACUAGAAGUGGCUGGCUGCGACGAUGUUCUGGGCCCUUGGCGUUAAACCAUGAGUUUGCAGACGACGG